AUGGACCGCGAUGAAAUACAUCAUAAAAUGAGCAAGAAGGUCGCUCAGCUCACAAAGGUGAUUUUCCACUUGAAUACGAGAAAUGAUGAGGCGGAUCAGCAUCUCGCUGCAGUGUCUCAGGCUUACGAGACGGAGGUGGAGCAAAUUCUAAGGGAUGCCAACUCCAAGGUUCGUCGUUUGGCCGAGGCAGUCGAGUCAGGUCAUGGGAGCAAAGCUGCAAAAGAGCUGGAGGCUCUCAAAUCGAGCCACGAAGAAGAGAAGCGUGAAGCUUUGAAAGAGAUUCAGAACAUAAAAUCUGCCGCCUCUGCACGCGAAAGCAAAAACACGGCGAUGUGGAAAGAACGCCUCAACAACAUGAGCGCAGAGGUUCAGGCAGUGAAACAGCAAUGCCAAGUGCAAGCUUCGCAGUUCAAGGCGGCCUUGGACAGAGUUCAGGACGGGCAGGGAGCAGAGCUGGCCGAUCUCCGGUCGCGCCAUGAAGCGGAACUGCUUCGACUACGAGCCGAGCACGAGGCAGAAGUUAGCCGGCUGACGGAAGCCUCCGAAGCCUCUACUGCCCGUGAGGCAGAGCUGCGGGUGAACAUCGACCAGCAGAAGGCGGACUUCACAAGAGACCUUGACACGGAGCGCACACGGUGCCAGGAGCUACAGAUGCAGCUCGACAAUGCCAAGAGAAGCUUGGAGGCCAGCAUGGCUUCCGGAGAUGAAGCCCUGAAGGCUGCUUUGACGGAGAAAGACCAGCUCACCGUGCAGUUGAAAGCAGCAGAAGAUGAGCUGGCCACCAUGCGUGAAGCGGUCAGUGAAGCCAACAUGGCCUUGCAGAGUCGAGACAAGGACAUACUGCUCUUGAAGGAAUCCGUAGCGCAGCUUGAGGAGACCUGCAAAGGCCUCAAGGCAGAAGGCGACACCCUCAAGAGAAACCUCGUUGACUCGCAGGAGGAGCUUGCAAGACUUCAAAGAAAGCAUGAGGAGCUGCUCGACAAGUCACAGCGAGAUCAAGGCCGUCUGGAGGCAAAUGCUGGAGCAGAACGGCAGCGCUUGGAGGAGGAGCUGAAGGCUGCAAGAGAGCGAGAAGCUUCCCUCAAGGCUGAAGUCGUCUCCUACAAGGCUGCCGAGGCCGAGCUGAACCUCGAGUUGACCAAAGAGAGGGAGGAGGUUAGCAAGGCACAGAGUCGCAUCAAGCAGCAGGUGGAAGAGCUUGAACGCCUUCAGAAGGCCCUUGCAGAAGCUGACGCUCGCCGCGAGGAGCUUGCGCGUGAAGGCGGCUCCGAGCUUCAUCGGCUGCAGGCCCAGCUUGAGGAACAGAAGGCACUAGUGGUGGAUUGGCAAGCCAGAUUUUCAGAGCGAGAAGCUGACCUGCAAAGCCAGCUGGACAAGGCGCAAGCCGAAGCCACUCGUGAAUUGGAAGCCUCCAAAGCUGCACAUGCUGAUGCGGUGUAUGCCCUGGAGAGGACACAUGAGCGUGACCUCUCCGAGAUACAGGAAGCGAAUGCUGCCGAGCUGGCUUCUCUGCGAGCCGAGCUUGAAGCAGAGGUCGAGCGCCUCCGCCGUCAGCUGCAAAGCUCUGAUCAGGAUGGCCGACGCAUGUUGGAGGCAAGGGAGGCGGAGCUGGUCGAACUUCAGACCAAGCUCAAGGACGUGGAGUUGAAACUGGAAGAAGCUCGAAAGCAGGCUGAGGAGGAGAAUCGCCUGAAGUGCACGCUAGAAGAGCAGCUGGCAGCCAAAGGUGCCGAAUUGCAAGCUCUCCGAGGCGAAGUCGAGCAGAAGCAGGGCUUGCAUGUAGCAGAAAUCGAGCGUUUGCACAGCGAGGCUAGGAAAGAAGCAGCGCUGGCAGCUGAGAAGCAUCAAAGAGAAGUUCAGCACUUGCGAGAGGAGAUGAUGAAGGCGUUAGAAAGCCGCGGCCGCGAAGGCCUCGAGGAAGUGCACAGGCUCCAAGACGAGAUCAGGCGCCUUCAAGACGCCCACGAGACAGAGACAAGGAGACUGAAGCAGAAGAUCGAAGAGCUAGAGGAGGCGCUUCAGGCUGCAACGCGAGAUGCGCAGGCGGAGGUGCAACGGAUAACUGGCUCCUACCGCAUGGAGGUGGAGAAGGUCAAGACUGAGGGUGUGGAGAUGGUCCAGAGACUACAUGUCGAGCACGAGGCAAAGCUGAAUGACGUUUUCAAAACUCAGUCAGUGGCCUUGGACCAGUUGCAACAAAAGUUGGGAAAGUCCCAUCAGGAGCGAGUGGACGAGAUGCGGCAAAAGCACCAACGAGAAAUCGACAGUCUGAAGACCACGCAUGCUGCUGAAGUGCGGGAAGCUGCUGCUGCUCACAAUGCCGCUAUGCAGGAGGUUCGUGCUGAGAAGACAAGGGCCGUGCAAGAGCUGGAAGCAUCUGCCAAAGCAGCAGCUGCAAGGCAUUCUGAAGCAAUGCAGACCAUCAGCGCGGAACUCGCUGGAGAGCGCGAGCAGCUUGCCGCCAGCCGUGCCCAGGUGGCCAAGCUGAACGAAGAUUUGCAAACCUCUCGGACAGCUAUGGCUCAGCUGGAGGAGCAGUUCAAGGUCACCGUUGCAAAGCAUGACGAAAUGAUGAGGCAUCAACAACAGGAGUUCGAUCGGGAGAAGCGCAACAUUAAAGAGCAGCACAAGCGAGGAGUCGAGCAGCUUCUUGAGGCGCACUUGAAGGAGACCGUCGAGUUGAAGCAGCAGUUUGACAGGGCCCGGCAGCUGCAGGAGAUGCAAAUCGAUAUGCUCCAGAAAAGAAUUGUGGAGCUUCAGGAGUUGUAUGAGUCGAGGCCCUCACGAGAAGAGGACUUGGAGCUCAUCGCCCAGUUGGAAAAGGAUCUGGAUGAGAAAACUGCCCAAGUGAAGAAGCUCCUCGAUGAUAUGCAGUUCUACAAGCUUGAGCUAGUGAACCGUGAGCAGAAUUACAACAAGGUCUUUGGUGCAGCACCCACUGUCGGCAUCAUGAAUCCAAUCGCGGCAAAGAAGCCCGCCAAUGGCGGACAACCGCAAAUGCGUGUCGUCCAACAGCCUGGGUCAGGAAUGGCUGCAAUGAACGUGGGCCUGCCUCCGCUCGGGAUGACGCCUGGCCCGACACGGAGCAGUAGCAACAAGCCCAUGCAGAAGAGACCUUCCAGCGGAAGCAUGCGACGGGCAGGGUCCAUGGAGUGA